AGUCGAGUUUCCUCACUUUUCUAGUUCGAGAUUCUGUUUCUAAAAUGCUUUUUGGCAAUUCUCGAUUGUCAAAUGAUACUGGGUUGAGCUUUGCAAACGGGGAUUUUUCAGUUGCUGGUCAAUAACAGUCUAGCAAAGAUGCCAGCAUUAGCCUCAACAAGGUUGCUUCUUUUUUUAGGAGAAUCUUUACCCUUCCGUAGGUUACCUAAUUCGUCUAGGAAAGCUUGGCGCCAGACCAGUGUACGAUUUGUGAGUCAGGUUAAUCAUGAUAAUGGGCCUCUUACUCUUGCCAGCCUAGGCUUCAAGAGUGACUUUGAGGAAACAAACAAGAAUAAAGCAAAUAAAAUAGAGAGGCUCAGGGUUUCUUAUGAAGCACCUAAAAGUAUGGUGAGGGUAGUUGGAAGCAACAGUAUAAAAGCAGUUAAGGCCGUUGGGCUGAAAAAAUCAGUAGAAAUUGAGUCAGCGCCUUUUGCUGCAAAGUCAUUUUCUGAGCUUGGCCUCCCACCUUUGUUGCUAGAGAGGUUAGAAACUGCAGGCUUCAGGGUUCCAACUGAUGUUCAGUCUGCAGCAGUUCCAACAAUUCUCAAGGAUCAUGAUGUCGUGAUUCAGUCUUACACAGGCUCAGGAAAAACAUUAGCGUAUCUCCUUCCGAUACUGUCUGAAGUAGGCCCACUGAAAAAUAAAUCUCCUAAUGGUGAGGGUGAAUCUGGGAAGAAAAAGGAGAUUGAAGCAGUUAUUGUGGCUCCCUCUAGGGAUCUGGGGAUGCAAAUUGUUAGGGAGGUUGAAAAGCUUCUAGGUCCUGCAGACAAGAAAGUUGUUCAGCAACUUGUAGGAGGUGCAAACCGAUCAAGACAGGAAGAAGCUUUAAAGAAAAACAAGCCAGCAAUUGUUGUUGGCACCCCUGGUCGAAUUGCGGAGAUCGGUGCUGCAGGGAAGCUUCAUACUCAUGGCUGUCACUUCUUGGUUUUGGAUGAAGUUGAUGAGCUCCUUUCAUCUAACUUCCGGGAGGAUAUGCACCGUAUAUUGGAACAUGUGGGUAGGAGAUAAGGUUCUAAUCCCCGUCGCUCACUUGCUAAGUGGGCUGAGCGUCGGAAUAUUAUGGUGUCUGCUACAGUUCCAUAUUCAGUUAUAAGGGCAGCUAGGAGUCGGGGGUGUGACCCAGUUCUUGUUCAAGCCAAAAAGGUCAUGCCACUUGAAUCUAUUUCUCCCUCUGGACCUGUUAAUCUCUUAAGACCUACAUCCAGUUCAGACUCAAGUUCAAAUAUGCAGACUCAGGCUGCAUCGCAAAGCCUACCACCUCCUUUGAAGCACUACCAUUGUGUCUCAAAACUGCAACACAAGGUUGAUACGUUGAGAAGAUGUGUCCACGCACCUGAUGCCAAGUCAGUGAUAGCCUUCAUGAACCAUACAAUGCAGCUAAAGGAUGCUUUCUUCAAGCUAGAGGCUCGCAGGAUGAUAGCCACAGAGUUGCUUGGUGACCUUGGCAAGCUUGCGAGGUCAACAACUUUGAAAAGAUUCAAGGAUGGAGAAGUGAGAGAUUUGGUGACAAAUGAACUUUCAGCAAGGGGUUUGGAUGUGGCAGAAUGUGACCUGGUGGUUAAUCUGGACCUACCCAGUGACUCUAUCCACUAUGCACACCGAGCUGGCCGAACAGGUCAGCUUGGCAGGAAAGGUACUAUGGUAAUCAUCUGUGAGGAGCCAGAAGUGUUUGUUGUGAAGAAGCUGAAGAAGCAGCUUGGGAUCCCCAUUCCCGCUUGUGAGUUUACAGAAGGCAAACUUCAUAUCAUUAAAGAAGAUAAGACUUUAGGGGCUGAGAGGUAAUACUUGCUCUUCUUUUUUCAGUAUCAUUUUGGGAAAUUGACCCAGGUCUUUCCCAUUCUUCUGUUUGACUCACUUAUAGUAUAUCAUGGGAUUAUUUUGUGGCCUGGUGAAUAUCUUUACAUGUAGUGAUUGUAACUCUAUGCUUUUCUUUUAAUUACUUUUGUGGUGGGCGGAAGCUAAGCAUAUAUUGCCUUUUUAUAAAUUUGAAGGACGGAAUGCCUGUUAAUGCAUGUUAGACCUCUCUAAUGACAAAAAUCAUUAGUUUGUCUGGUUUUUUGUAGAGUAGAGCCUCUGAUAUUGAACAUAGAAUCAAUAUUUCAACAAGUUACGACUACCAACUGGACCAAACUUCUUGUGUAUACUUGAAUAGUGGGCCGUGGAUUGGCAAUAACAGCAAGAAACAGGAUGUUGUUUACGAGAAAAAGUGAAUGAGAUCCCAUUUAAAGUGGCAAAGAGUCUAUAACUUAUUUGUCACUUUAUACUUUGACAUCUGGUUUUUGGUAACAUUGUAAACUUUCAAGUCAGAGAGACUGUGAGACCCCAAAAAAUUGGAAUAACAAAACCACUCAGGAAAUCAACAUUCAGUCAUGUAGCAAGUCCCUAGAUUGUAUGUCAAACUGGAUGUCUGAAGGAUCAUGUACAUAUGAGACUAUGCAUUUUUAAGUUAUUAAUACUAGAACAGCAAUUUGUGGAAUGAAGCAAGAAUACAGUAAUAUCCACCAGCUAGCCAGCAACAUCACCAGAUGAUUCUCUUGCAAAGCUUGUAGCAAUAAGAGAGCACAAAUUGCUAUAACUAGAAAAGUUGCAAAGGACGUACUGGUUGAUACGAUGGUUUCUUCCGAAAGUGGUGUGAUUUUCCCAACAUGUCGAAUGAGCGGUAUUGCCACUGAAACAGAUGAGAUGAGAAGGUAACCCACCAACGGUUACAGGGCUACCCAUGAAUUAGCUAUCACACACGUUAACAACUACUACUGUUUAAAACGAGAGAGAGAGAGAGAGAGAGAGAGAGCGUGUUAUAGUGGGGGAGUGCACUUGCCUGGUCGAGGACAAAGCUAAGGUAGUCUGAGGUAAUAUCUGAAAUUAGAAUGCCUCUUUGAGCAAUGUCGCAAAUGCCUUCAAACAGUUGGAAAGCUGCGUAUAGGAAAGCUAAAAUGGCUACAAUGAAGCAAUAUCUACACAAAAACAAUAAUAUUCGAGAACAUGUAUUCAUCAGUAACUCGGUAUUAUGUGAUAGUUGCUUUUGAGACCUAUCCUGUGCUAAGCUUUCCAAUUAAGGUGGUUUUAGGAUAAAGAUUACCGAGGUAUGAUGAAGAGGCAGGACAUUGGAGCCCAACAUCAGGUUUAGGAAGUUAUUUGGAGGAUGAGGCUUUGAAGGGAACAAGCAAGGCUCCUGGCAAUUCCUUCUUUAAGACCGAUACUGCUGUUAGAUUUUAAGGUGAUCUCUCAGUUUUGGUCGAUGGAUUUCUUAGUUGCUCAAUCUUUUAUUUCUCUCUCUCCGGUCUUUACUUUUUAAUAUUGUCAAAUAAUUAAGGCAAAAUCAUAGUUAUUCUUACACCAAUUCAGCGUACUCAGUGAAGCUGGGAGAUCGUUGGUAUUUCUUCUUUGUAGAUGGGGCAGCAAGUGUUAGAGCUGAGAUAAAGGAGAAGAGAAGCACCAAGAACCGAAGGAAGAGAUUUGAAUGAUGUAUGGGAGGUCUAGAACCACCUUGUAAAAGUCCCUGAGAAAGAGAAAGGUGAGGGGGUUAGAAAUGGCUGCCAAAGGUGAAACACCAGCCAUAAUUCUAGAAGCAAUCGCCAAAACAUGUUCUCUUUCUUCUUUCUCUGGUUCCUUUGCCUGCUCCAUUCCUUGGGCUGUUCCUCAAGCGUGCUUAUUCUGAAUAAUAUAGGAGCCCCUUCAAACUGAUCAUUGAUUUGUUUCUUUGAGUUGACUUUUUGUGAAUACGAAGAUCCUUCAAAAUGUAGUCGAUAAUUCUUGGAGUUUCAAGGAAAGUUUCCUGUUAGUAAUUAUUAGUUGGUUGUUUGACAAACUUGCAAGAAGGUGACGUUAGUUUUCCCAAAUGAGCUCGAAGUCCAAUCAGGUAAAGGCCAGGAAAGUGUGGAAAGACAAUCAGUGAGCUGAGCAUGCUGAUUUUAGAGUGCCUAGCGGGAUGAUAAAGCUUUUCAUUAGGGUUUGUUACAUAAGAUUGUAGACUGAUGACUGACCAUAUUUAUAAAAAGAGAAAGCCUGAAAGGUAACUG